UAAAAUUAAUUACGAGAUGCUCGGAGGGAGUGCAAAUUGCAAAUUACGUAUUGAAUUUUAACUUGUAUAAUCUCCCAACUGUUGCAUCAACACCAUAGCUGAAUUCACAGGAAGAUAUGAAUGCGUUGUGGGUUAUCUUAUCUGCUUCUCUUGUCCUCCUUCUUUCCAUAGCUUCAAUUCCUCUUCUCAACAACAAUGGAAAUUACUUGACAUAUUUGCUGAACUGGAGAAGUUCUUCAAUUAUAAGUGAAGUUGCAGAUUUGUUGGUGACGAAUGGGACCAUUUAUACCAGUGAUGAAGCUCUCCCUUUUGCUGAUUCUAUGGCUAUUCGUAAUGGAAGAAUUCUUCGAGUUGGCAAUUACUCUUCUAUAAAGGAACUGGCAGGAACUUGGACCAAGGAACUAAAUCUAGACGGAAAGAUUGUGGUCCCUGGAUUUAUUGAUUCCCAUGUGCACUUCAUCCCUGGUGGACUACUGAUGGCACUAGUGGAGCUUCGUGGAGUAAAUACAAAAGAUCUUUUUGUGGACAAAAUUAGAAAAGCAGUUGCAAAUGUGAAACAAGGUUCUUGGUUACUGGGUGGCGGUUGGAAUAAUGAUAUUUGGGGAGGUGAUUUACCAAUGGCAUCGUGGAUUGAUAGCAUUACUCCUCAUAAUCCAGUCUUCUUAACUAGGAUGGAUGGUCAUAUGGGCUUAGCUAAUACAUUCGCUCUAACACUUGGUGGAAUUUCACGUAACAAUGAGAAUCCAAAUGGUGGAGCUAUUGUUAGGAAUAAUGACGGGGAACCUACUGGUCUGUUGAUCGAUUCUGCUAUGAAGCUUGUCCUUUCCCACAUCCCAGAAGCCUCAGUUGAUGAAAGGAGGGAAGCUCUGUUAAGAGCUAGCAAUCAUGCAUUAAAGAGGGGUGUGACAACAGUUGUAGACUUCGGCAGAUAUUUUCCAGGGUCUUCACCUGAGUACCCAUGGGAGGAUUUUUCAGAUGUAUAUAAAUGGGGAGAUUUGUCAGGAAAUAUGAUGACCAGAGUUUGCUUAUUCUUUCCAAUGGAGACUUGGUCGCGGUUAGUGGAUCUUAUCAGCAAGUCAGGCCGCGUGCUGAGCCAAUGGAUAUAUUUGGGGGGUGUCAAGGCUUUUGCUGAUGGAUCUUUAGGAUCUAACAGUGCAUUGUUUCAUGAGCCAUAUGCUGAUGAUCAAAACAAUUACGGGCUACAUGUGGUGGAUCUGGAUGGUCUAUACAACAUGACUCUUUCUUCAGAUAAAUAUGGCCUUCAGGUCAGCAUCCAUGCUAUAGGUGACAGAGCUAAUGACUUGAUAUUGGACAUGUAUGCUUCUUUGGUAUCUGAGAAACAAAUUAGAGACCGACGAUAUAGGAUUGAGCAUGCUCAACAUUUGGCUCCAGGAACAGUGGCUCGUUUUGGUGAACAAUCUGUAAUUGCUUCAGUGCAGCCAGAUCACUUAUUGGAUGAUGCUGAUUCUGCAACUAAAAAACUUGGUUCUGAAAGGGCAGAAAGAGGAUCUUAUCUGUUCAAGUCACUCCUGACAAACAAUGCACAAUUGGCAUUCGGCUCAGAUUGGCCAGUAGCAGACAUUAAUCCAUUGAAAAGCAUAAAGACAUCGAUGAAGAGAAUACCUCCUGGUUGGGAAAAGGCUUGGAUUCCAUCAGAGUGCUUGUGUCUCGAAAAUGCGUUAGAAGCGUACACCAUUUCGGCUGCUCAUGCAUGUUUUCUUGAAAAAUAUGUUGGUUCACUAUCUCCGGGAAAAUACGCGGAUUUUGUGGUUUUGUCAACUAAUUCAUGGGAAGACUUUGCAACUGAAGUUUCUGCUGAUGUGGAGGCAACAUAUGUUGGUGGUUCUAAGGCUUACUCCAUAAGACCUGAAGAUAAAAGUGAAUAGCACAGGCAACGACAAUUAUGCUGAAAAUGGAUUACAUAAAAUGGAAAUCGUUGCACCAGUCAAGAAGCGCGAUAUGCUAAUUGAACUUGGCUGGCUUCACUUUUAUAACGAGUCUUGAAACUGGUAUAAAGGAAUAUGUAAAAUUUAGGAAAAACUAUGCAAAUUGGCAAACAUUACUAGUGUAUUAUUUAAUAUAACUAUAAUUUCACAUAAUUGUGAAUCAUAGCCACAGUUUAAUAAAAUUUGUUGUUAUACAAAUCUGGGGCUCAUGUAUAAAUAUGGAAGCGAACUUAGGAGCUCAUAUACAACUCUUUAAAGUAAAUAUUUUAGUUAUAUAUUCACCACGUGUAUUGAAACA